UUCCAGCCCUGCCCGCAGGGGAAGGUCGGUCCCUGCCCAUCCCCAGCGCUCUGUGUCACCUCAGGCUGGGCCUGGCAGGGGAAGGUGGGGGUGGCUCACCCGGCCAGGGCCCCCGUGCCGCGGUCCCCGGGCCGUGCCCUGCCGGUGCCCGGUUCCUGCUCCGCCCCGCUCUGCCCCGCCCGCGCUCAUCGGCCCGCGCCGCUUCCGCCUGUCCCGGGCACCGGCCGCAGGUUAUCGGCUGGAAAGGGUUUCCUCUACACCUGUUUCAUUCCUCGACUGCCAUCACAAGGAGCCUGCGAGACCCCUGGAACAAGCUGCCUGGAGGAAACACUUGGAUUUACCUAAAUAUAGCAUUAUUUCAUCAAUUAUCUUAAACCAGUUGUAAUUAAUGUGAAAUGAAUGCAAAGAACGUGCUCUUUGCUUAAUCACAGAGUUGGAAUAAUGCACGGAGCACUGGCACAGCUGCAAUCAUGGAACAGAUGCAAAAGCAUUUGGGAGGUGUGAGAGAGAGCCUGUCAGCUCCAGAGCAUCCCCCAGUGCCCACAUCACCCCUCUGAACGCUGUCCUCUGUUCUCCUCACAGACUGCCAGCACUGCGAGGGCCCAGCUCCCAGCAGCGUCCCUGGGCACCCGAGGUUUGUGGGGUACAAGGAGUGCGAGUGGGGCGCCCCCAGCCCCACAGGCUGACACCCCUCUGCCGUAAGAUGCUUUUCCCAUCCCUGCUCCAGUCCGUGCUCCUGGCCCACAGCUGCUGAGAUGGCACAGAGCACUGAGCUGCAGCCCAGCUUCGAGGACGUGUUCAACAUUCUGUCCCAGGCCCCAGCAGAGAAACUGCUGAGUCUCAAACUCAAACUGAAGCACCUGAUACCUGGGCCCUGCAGCAAGUUACUGCAAGCUAUGGUCCUGCUGACUCUGGGGCAAGAAACGGAUGCAAGAAUUUGUCUGGAUGCCUUGAGGGAUAACCGGGCAGCCCAGUACAUCCAGCAGAUCAAACUGGGCACUGCAGGAGUGCAGGAAGACAGGGAGGAUUUGCAGCCUCCCCAGCUGGAUGCAGGUGCUAUGGCACUGCUGGCACAGGUGUACACAGUGCUGGCACAGGAACAGCUGUGCACUCCUGAGGCCAGGGACAAAGCCUGCCAUGCCAGCAAGGACACUCAGCAGGGGAUGUUCAACAACACCCCUCCCAAGGAACAGGACAAACAGGGCUCUGCAGCCAGCGGGGGCUCAGGGGACAGGUUUGGGAUGCUGAGAUCCCAUGAGGAUGCAGCAUUUCCCCACACAGCCACUUCCCACUGCAUGGUGAGGAGCUCACCAGUGGAGAUCAGAGGCAACUCAGACCUUUCAGGCCCACGGACCCUGCGCUCUGUGGAAAGCUCCUCCCUGUCCAGCUCUUUGGAGAUCAGUGCAUCACCAACAGUUGCUUUUCACACCCAGCCCUCUGUCCCCGAGUGUGUCCCCUGGCCCAGCCGUGCUGGACACCGCGACGGGGACACAGAGAGCCACGGCCCACAGGAAUCCAGCUGGGCCAGCACACCCAGCCCUCCCCCUGGGCAGGGCACAGCUGCACAAGGGCCCCAGCCAGAGAAGGUUCUGCAGGUCAGUCCCUGUCACCCCACCCCUCUCCCUGGUCCCGAGACACCGCUGCCCUCGGAGCCUGCCCAAAGCAGUGACGUGUCCAGCACAGUGACAGAGCCUCACACCCCGAGGGAAAAGCAGGAUGAAAAGCAAUUAUCUGCUGAUGUCCCUGACUCAAGGGCUGCAGUGGGUACUGCUCCUGCCCUCGGGUCCAUACAGAACCCCUACAUUCCAGCAGGCAUUCCCUGUAACACUGCACGUGCUUCUAUUUCAACCUGUUCCCUUCCUCCUCCUACUUAUUCCUUCUCCUCAACUCUUCCUCCUCUUCAGCAAUCUCCCUCCAAACUAUCAAAUCCCCCUCCCCUGCAUUCAUCCCCCUCUCCAGCCAGGCCUCCUGCUCCCCCAGCCACGGAUCCAUCAGAGCCAGAUGGUGCCAAGUUCUUCACCUUUGUUGUCCUGCACGCCAGUGAAGAUGAGAUUGUGGCCCACCAGGUCAAGGACCUGCUGGAGAGCAUGGGGGUGUCCAACGGUGCCACGCUCAGUGAGGAUUUCUUCAUCGCCGGGCGCAGCCACAUGAUUUGCUUCCAGGAGGCCAUGGAAAACUCUGCCUUCGUGAUCCUCCUGCUGACCAAGAACUUUCCCUGCAACCUGUGCCUGUACCAGACAGACACUGCUCUGAUGCAGUCCAUCAUGGACCCCUCCAAGCAAGACUCAGUCAUCCCAUUUCUACCCAAGGCAAACGCCCUGGAGAGCAGCCAGAUCCCCAGGAUGCUCAGCGCGCUCGUCACCCUGAAUGAGAGCUCUCCUCUCUUCUCCAAGAAUGUGCAGAAGACUUUUAACCCCAAGAAGAUCAUGGAGAAGAAAGCCAUGUGGGACCAGAGAAGGAAGCUCCAGGCACGCUGGGAACAGCACCGAGCCCUGCAGAACUUGGCUGCGCUCAGCCUGGACUCCCCUCCCUGGGUGCCUCCAGCAGCACCACGGCCGUGGCCACCAGGGCCUGCAGCCCAACCCUGGUGUCCCCAUGCCCCCAUGGACCCCCCUCCUGCUCAGAGGGGUCCUCCCCCUUCCCAAGCACAGCUGCCCCCAGGCCACUACAGCCUCGCAGCAGGCCAGGCAGGGAUGCCACCCCUCAUCAUCCAAAACGCCCGCAUGGUUCAGAUUGGGAACCACAACGUGAUGCAGGUGGAAACUGCCCCACCCGGGCCAGGGCACAGCCAGGAGCAAGCCAGGCACAACCUCUGAGCCCAGGCAGCCAAGGGCAGAGAAAAAAUUCAUUUCAAUCCUGGAUUACAGUGAUUCUGCUGGGACUGGGACUAUUGCUCUAUGCAGCAAGAGUGCCAUUUUCCUGAAGCACCAAAGAAAAUUCUUCAUUUUUUGUUGGAAAAAAGAUGUAGUGAUCUCUUGAAACUGUUUGUCCUUGUGCUUAUUUUCAAGUAACUAAGAAAAUUAUUUUCUUGAUUGUCUGGAACUACUUGAAGAUUUUAUAAAUAAAUUUUAAUUAAUUUAUUUGUGUUCCUGCAGUUCUUUCCUGUAGAAUUAGAAAAGGGGUAGUCAGGGAUAUAUGGAAAACUAUUCUGCAUGUUGGCUGGAGGGGCUGGGAGAUAGCACUGACUAAAUGAUUUGAGGGCCAAUCUGCAAGGGAUGCUUUGGGAAGCAGCCUUUAAGGAAAAAGCAGAAUGAAAAACCAAAACCAGUGAGCAGAAGAGUGCAGAAGGGUGGAGAAAUCCAGGAAUGGAGAGUGGGAGGGGUAAUUCUGCGGGAUCUACCAGGGUGGUACCUACUGAGCUUUAACACCAGGAGGGCACCUGGAGCAAAGCCCUCGCUCCUCCUCCCACACUCCAGGCACAGCCAUGUUCCUGAUCGUCAGCAGAGGUCACCCCAAAGCCACCGAGAGACUGGAAAUGGGGCUGUUCCCUCCCGGAGCAGAGCCCCGAGCCGGCCCAGCCUGUGCCAGGAGCAGGGCACAGCUCCAGGCUCCUCAGGGAAGUGAGGUCACUGCAGGUAUCCCUGCAGGUCUGUGUGUGCUCCUGGCACUCCUUGGCUGUCCCUGCAGGUUCCAGGAGGAUCCAAGCCCAUCCCUGCCCAAGCUGGGCUCUGUCAGGCCUCAUUCCAGACUGCAGCCUUGGUCCAAGAGCCUUCUGAGCCCCAAGCCAGCCCCUGGGACAGAUGUUAUUAAAUCCUUGGAGGAGGCUCUGAGCUGCCCCCAACUCUUGGCUUCCAGCUCUCAAAGACUGGAUUUUAACUCUGCAGGACCCAGUGACAAUGGAUUAACCCAUCCACUCCUUCCAGAGCCUGCUGGCAUCCUCCAAGUGCUCAAAUUGCUUUUAUUUUCCUGGUUUCUCUCCUCCAUAGCACCAUUAAGAGUUGGUGUGUUACUGCAGUUCCUGUCCCCUGCCGUUGGUGCAGGACAGUCCCUCCCCCUGGGAGCACUCCCACAUCCCUCCUUUCCCAGCUCCUCUCCUACUAUAAAUAAUCAUGCACAAUUAGUCAACUGGAAGCUGCUCCAGCUUGUAAACAACCUCAGCACAGCUUGGAUCACACACAGGGGAGGCAGAGCUGUGUCUGGGGUACAGGAGGGUCUGCAGCCACCACAGUGGAGAAAAAGCUCCUCUCUGUCCAAGAAUUUACAAAAUAAUCACUGAAACAUUGCCCUGCUCCUCACAACUCCAUGUUUUGCCCACAUGAAGCUGGCCCUACAGUCAAGCAGGCCUGCUCAGUGUAAUUACCCCUAAAUCAUGCAGUGAUUUCUUCCACCCUGUAAUUACUAUCGACAUUUAAUUGCUGGGCCCUCUAUGUAAUUACAGAUUAUUUAUGUGUUCAAAAAAAGUGAAGCCUUUUCCAUCACACAGAAUAUUCUCCUCCUUUGGGCUGCUGCACCUGACUGGGUCCCCCAGCUCCCUGACAAGAGCCCAGCUCCAGAGCUGCUCCUGCCUGGAUUAACCCCCUCCCAACCACCUCUCUGGGUGCAGAUGGAAUUGCCCUGAGGCCACCUGGCUCCCGGUACCUGCCUGGCAGCUGCUCUCCCACACCUGGAGAUCAGCUGCAGCACAGCAGGAAUGUCUGGCUGGGAGAAGCACGGCCCCAGGCUCUACAGACACUGCUGAAUUGGCCUUCUUAGCACAGGGGCACCAUCCCUCAUCAAGGCAUCAAGAACUAAGGAGGGAGCAAUAAAGGACAGGACAAAUAUUCAAAUAUUUUAUCCACCCACUCUCCCUGGGGAAGACCAAGCAGUUUUGGGAUCCAGGUGCCUGUGUGGAACUAACUCCAGUACCAUUAAUUCCUCUGUUUUCACAGUCCCUGAUGGAUUGGGGGUUGGAAACCAAACUGAUGACAGUGUCCCUCUUUCUGCUUGCUGUGCCCACUGUCCCACAUGUGUAAGGCAGGUAAUAACCCCAAUCAACACAGAUCCUCUCACGUGGAUUUACAUCAAAAUAAAAGGCAAAACACAGAAGAAGAGGUGUCACUUCAGUGUCAGGGUUACUCUUUUCCAGGGGAAGUUUGCCAGUGCAGCACAGAUUGGUUUUUCACAGGAGUAACCAUGAAAUGAACCAAUCACACCUGUUUAAUUGCAAACACCCCAAAAUUCCAUACCCACAGUGUCCCAUCCCUGGGAAACAAACUGAAAAUAGAGGAAAACACCUGAAUAUAGAGGCUUAUCAGGAAGAAGUCCAAGGCACUUGCAUUCUAGCAGCCAUUUUUUGUUUUAUUAUUUAAAGUUAAGAGCGCUCAUCAGCUCACAAAGGAACAAAUCCCAUUCCUGCAGUUUAGUUCAGGUUUCAGCCAAAAGGGAAAAAAAAUAGAAGGCAGCUAAACUAACUCUGCACUUUACAGCUCAAUUCAAGUUAAACCUCCUCGCUUUAUAAAUAAAUGUUAUAGUUAACACUGCAAAAUGUACUGGCAGAUCUACAAUAUCUUGAAGGGUGGAGAGCGUGGUUAUUGAGGCUGAUAAAUACAAGUAGAGAAGCUUCAGUAGCACAGAGAGCAGGGUGGGGCCAGGGGUCUGCUCUCCCAGGUGCACCUUUCCCAGAGCUCCAGGCAGCUGCUUCCCCCCUCAGCUGUGCUUCCCACCCUGCUCAGGCCAGGGAAGGAGCCACAGGCUGCCCAUCACUGCCUGCACGAGGACAAACUGCUGGAAAUGCUUUGUUUUCCACCACAGAGGGGUCUGCUCAUAGAGGCAAAAACCUGCCCUGAGACUACAGAGUUAAAAACAAGGUGUGUGCAGAUCCUCAUCAAAGGAAGGAGCUUGCCCAAACAGCAGCCAGGUGAGAUUUCAAAUUCCACCUUGGAAGUAGCACCAUCCUCAGUGAAGUUACAAACAAAAAAUAAAAAUAAAAAAACGAAAAAAAAAAAAAAAGAA